CAGCGAACUGCAGCCCUUGCUGCUGCUCACGCCGAGGGGCCUGCCUCUCAGCCUUCCUGAUGCUCCUGCUGACAGCUCUCGCAGCUCUGAUCGCCCUGGUCGCCAUCCUUGGACCCCCGCCUCGCACGCCAGCAGUCCCACGGGGUGUGUGCUAUGCUCCCCACUUUGCAGACAAGGAACCUGAGGCACAGAGAGGUCAGGUCACCUGCCCACGGUCACACAACCGGCAAGUGGUUGAACUGGGGCUUGCACGCCAUCUUCGACGUUGAGCUCAGAGUCCUCCAUGUGGCCCCAGCCCCUCGCUCCAGCUCAGGUGGGGCUCAGGGAGGGAGAACUUGGUGAUGCCCUUGUGAACACCACCCUUGACCCUUCUGGGGCUCGCCCCGCCCACCCAGGGGCCCAGGCCUGUGUGACGCAGAUGAACAGGACGGGCUUCCUGUGCGACGACAGGAGCAGCUGCAUCCCGGCCAGCAGCGUCUGUGACGGCGUCCGCACCUGUGCCCACGGCGAGGACGAGGAGGAGGCCUUGUGCCGAGCUGUGCCCCAGAGCCUCCCUGGCUUUCUUGUGGCUCACUGUGGAGACCCUGCUUCCUGGAUCUACUCAGACCAAAUGUGUGAUGGGAUCAACAACUGCGGGGACUGCUCAGAUGAACUGAGCCCAGUGACUACCUGCCCGCCCUGCGGCCCUGGGAGGUGGCGCUGCCCCUCGACUGUUUUCAGAUACUGCAGCUGUAUCCCCAGGACCCUCUGCCGGGAUCAUGUGCAGCAUUGCUUCGACUGGUCUGACGAGUACUCCUGUCCUGGCCCUUGACUGAGUCACCCAGGCCAGAGUGGGCUGCUGGCUGGAAUAGGGUUGAUAACCCUUCACAUGUGCUAUGAGUCCAAGAACAGAAAGGAGUCUUUGAGAUCACGUAGAGGAAUCUACACACCAUUGUCUCUGAAUAGGAAUUGCCUCUCCUGCUUUCAAGUUUUUCAACCUCUGUUUGAAUUCUUCCAGGAUGGGGGGCUCAUUACCAUGUUAGGCAGCUCCUAACAAAGAUGAGAGAAAUCUGCUUCCAUGAUUUGUGGCCUGCCUCUGACGACACACAGAGGAAAUCUGCUCCUUUGCUCCAAAUACUGACCUUGCCACUCCUUGGAGAAAAAAUAAGUUUUGAGCUUGAACACCAAGCUGAGAAGUUUAGACCUUCUGGAUGGCACAUAUAUGAUAUAUAAUGCCACUUCCUGCUGCUUUGGUACCUAAGGCAGAUAUUGCUAGGUUUGGAUACAGCCUAAGUGUUUUUCUUAGCUCAAUAGUCCCAGUGGGGCCCACUAAUGGAUCACAUGAGAUGUACAUGAAACAGGGUACUUGUCACCCUGCCACAAGGAAGCCACCCCAGGAGGCUCUGAGCUGUAGGAAGAACAGCUUUUGGAGCCCCUCCUCAAGCCCUUCCAUCCCCUCUCCUCUGGACCACUUCCACCCUCACCCCAAGACCACCUGCCCAACCAAACAGCCCAGGUUCCUUCAAGUAGGGAUUGUAUUUCAGUCCCGAAGCCUGAGUGAACCAGCUGUUUCUUGGCAUACAUUCCAGUUUUACAGCACCCAGGCAGGCAAAGAUGGAUAUAUCCAUUAAACAGAUGAGGAAACUGUGGCCCCCAGGAUCAUACAGCAAAGUCAGGCUCAGAACUGGGACUCAAACACAGUCCAUGGUGUCCCAACCCCAAAGUCAUUUCUGCUACCAAUGUGACCCUAUCUUGGCCGGGGUGUAGGCCAAGAGUCUCUGGGUUUAAAAAUGUAAUUGAGGGUCAGAAAGUGUCCCACCCUUAUUCUGAAAGAUGGACUUGGAAUCUGGCCAAUAAGAGGGUUCCUGUUGAUGGAGACAGACAUAUCCCUGUUGGAAAUUAAUAUAAUCAAUUCUAUGUAUCAGUCUUCUGUGAGUUUUGAAUUAAAAAUGGACAUCUGA